AUGCAUAUCCUACAUCGAACCAGUGACCACCAGUUCGAGGACCAGAAAUUCAUGAUGGAACGCCUGACUAGUCAUGGCAGCUUGGGAUUGUCAAGCAGUAGCCCAGCAUAUACUACACACACAGGCGGCCACAGUGGACGUGGAGGGCCUUCUUCUGGGCAUGGCAGUCAUGGCAGCACCCAUGGGUCCGCAGCAACAAUGCAUCAUCAAUCAUUACAAUCAGAUUUCCAACCGCCCUAUUUUCCUCCACCCUUCCAUCAUACAACUCAAAGUCCGCCCCAACAACAGGUACCUGCAUAUUUACAGAACCAUGGAGCUUUAGAAUAUUUGGGUACAGAUCCCUAUGGGCAGCCGUUAUCAUCAUUACACCACGCUCCGCUGCAUCAUUAUAAUCAACUUGCGGGCUUGCGAUCAACUCAAGAUCAGCUUGGUAUACACAGAUCUCAUAGAGAAGCAGAACUUCAAGGGCAUGUGGCACAGCUGUCUCAUGGCUUUCCAUAUACAGACAGAAGAGCUGAAUAUGGGAGCACAAUAUCAGGAGGAGCCACACAUGGCGGUCGGUUAGCUCAUGAGCAUGAUCCCUUAGCCUUACAUCAAGCACUUCAAAAUGCUGUUGAUGAUGUCCAAAAUCCCGGCAUAGAUGACAACGUUGCAUUUAUGGCGGACCUACCUCUAAUCAAAAGCAUUAAAAGUGGGAAAGAAAUUGGAAGCAUUGGAUCUGGUUCGCCCAGUGAAGUAUUCUGCGCCGUUCCAGGACGACUUAGCCUCCUUUCCAGCACGUCCAAGUACAAAGUAACCAUUGCCGAGGUUCAAAGAAGGUUAUCUCCUCCAGAAUGUUUAAAUGCUUCUCUAUUAGGAGGAGUUCUUCGAAGGGCUAAGAGUAAGAACGGUGGACGACUACUAAGAGAAAAACUGGAAAAAAUUGGUUUGAAUUUGCCUGCGGGAAGACGAAAGGCCGCCAAUGUUACGCUACUUACGUCGUUAGUAGAAGGAGAGGCAACUCACUUGGCGAAAGAUUUUCAUUUUGUUUGCGAAACUGAAUUUCCAGCCCGCCAGCUUGCCGAAUAUGUUAUAAGGCAUCAAACAGAACCGCAGGAUUCAUAUCGCAGAAAAGAACUUCUUAUACAUUCGCAACAGAUAACAAAAGAACUAAUGCAAAUACUCAGCCAAGACCGCACAACCCAUUACGGUACUAGAUCACAACAUUUGCUAGAACCAUCAAUGCAGCGCCACCUUACGCACUUCUCUUUAAUUACUCAUGGAUUUGGGUCACCAGCCAUAAUGGCCGUACUGCACGCUCUCCAGGCCUUUCUUAACGAAUCACUAAAUUAUUUAGAUAAAUUGUACCCUGCAAACAGUGGAGGCAUGGUAUCUUCCUCUCUUGAUAAAAAUAAAAUUGAUAGUGAUAAGAAAUGAUAGGAUGGGCUUGCUUUAUUUUAUUAAACACAAAAAAAAAACGUU